ACCAAAAACGAAGAACAGUAAAGAGGGAAAUUUACAAAAUUUAAAAUCAAAAUUAUCGUCAUCAAAAUUGAAGGUUCUUUUGUCUGCCUUUCAAACGUGCACGAAAAGAAUCACAUCCUUAAUUUCUUCUUCCCGAAUUCCAAACUUCCAAUUCAAUCCAAACACGUUCUUCCGUUAUACGGAACAGAUCCAGUUCCUUCUUCCCUCUCCAAACACCUGCGCUGGGACGCCACAUGCACCCGCCCGCAAAAGACCCAAAAUACCCCUCUGGAGUUCCGUUAGUCGCACAGCCUUUGCAGCUCUCCCUCUGUGCUCCCCUAUUCCAGGACUGCUGCUCGGGAUUGGGAUUAAUAUCUGCGAAUCGGAGAAACCGAUGAAAUUGCCGUCUGGGUUUCGAGGGGAGGUUGAAUUGGGGAACUGGGUUUGAAGAAUUUGAAGCCUUCGUUCUCUGUUGGGAGAGGAUUUUUGAGUUGGCGGCCAGAUGGGUUUGUUCUUUUGAAAUUUUUGUUUUUUGUAGUCGAAUUCGAGAUGGUUUUGCGGGAAUUUGGAUUUCUGAUAAGGGUUCUUUGGAUUAUAAAAAAUUAUUGGUUCUUUGAUGAUCAAGUGGUGGACUUUUGUAAUUUUAGGUGAUAUUUGCUGAUUGAAUUACUAGAUUAUCGCAUUCAAUUUUCAUAGAUUGUGAUAGAUACAGAAACACAUUGCUGCUUGAUAUUUGAUUAGAGGUUUAGGAGCAGCAGAAAGAGUAGAACAGUUUUACUACAUUCUUUGUAGAAUUGAGUUUUGCCCGGUGGGGGUUUAGUUAGUGAUUGAUUGGAGUGGUUUGGUCAGAUUCUGCGGCUUGAGAUUCUUGUAGUUUGUGUACUUUAUAUUGUUUGUCUUGAUGUCGGGUGGUACGCCAACUGGGGCCGGAUAUAUGAGGCAGAGGCAUAGCCAGGGAUAUGCAUCGAGCGGCGAUGAUCUUGAGGAUGAUGCGUGCUCGGUUAUGCGCUCUCCGUCCCCACAAAGUCCGAAAGUUUGGUCGCGGAUUGAGAUUUUGGAGAAUGCCCUUUGGCUUGCCUCAGCAGCAUUCAUUGUGUACUAUGGUGACAGGAAAUCCAAUAUGAUAUAUAUCUUCUGCCAUGAUGAGCGAAUUAGAAGAUUGCCUUUAUACCUUGGGAUGGUGGGCGUAGUUUUAAACAUUAUCAUCUUCUUUUAUACGAGUAUGUCGGCAUGGGGCGUAAGGAGAUUUGACGAGAAAUGGGAAUUAGAAAGUAUAACUGCUCUGCCGUUUGUGACACUACUUGGCGGCAUCUCAUUUUGCUUCUUCUGCUUUGCUUUGUGGCCAAUAUGGAGUUUCUUGACGCUUCCUCUUUUGUUCACGCUGUUUAUGGCAGGCAUGGUUAUAUGUCCGUACAUUAUAAUUGGGAUAUUUAGGCAACAGCAUGAUGUGCUGCGUACAGAUUAUGCCUCAGAGUUAGGUGAGAAACAUUACUGAUCCAGAACAAGAGCUUCUAACCCAAACCAGGGAUGGCAAGUCACUCAGAAGAUUGAAGUUUUAUCAGAUGCUCUCCUUGCCAUAUGUUGCGAGAUUGGUCAUUCUGUCGUUGCUUCCAAUCAGUCAGGCUUCUGUUUUUACAUGAACCUUAUUCAGUCGAUACACCUGAUGGUACAUCCAUAGAGUUCUGUAUUAACGUGAAGCGGAAUGGUUGGGAUCUAGUUUUUGUGAUCUGAUACCGGUUAGCAAUUAGCCAUAUAAGCAUAUUGAGUUUAUAUCUUUUUCUUUCUUUUCCUUUUUUUCAUUGUAAAUGAGCAAUAUUGCACCAUAAAUUCUGCAUCUUUGAGAGAGAGACUUCACUGUUCAA